GGGGGGUGUGUCCAACAAGAUGCUGAGUAUCUAUAACGUCGGCGUCUGAUCUCUCCUGAUGCACUGCGAUUGCUCCUCAGAUGAAUCUCACCAUCCAAAGGUCGGCGGCAGCAGAUCUCCAAACCUGCAUAACAACAAACAUGGAGGAGGAAACCACUUCUCUGAGCAGCAGCGAGGAAGGACUUGAGGAAGAAGAGCAACAGCAAACAGGUGAUUCAGAAGGAGCGGAGGUCCAGAAGCAGGAGAGACCAGUGUGGGCUCCGUGUUUCUACUACAAAGCAGGCAAAGAGGUCUUCACUUAUGUGGACCAGGACAUCAUCAUUGAGGAGGGUCUGGACAAUUAUGGUGGGAUGGUAUGGCCCGGGGCGUUGGCUCUCUGUCAGUACCUGGACACCCACCGUGACCAGGUGGAUCUGGUGGGGAAAGCAGUUCUGGAAAUUGGAGCCGGAACCGGACUUCUGUCGGUCGUCGCGUCACUCCUCGGUGCCUGGGUAACAGCCACAGACCUCCCUGAGAUUCUCAAUAACCUAAGAUUCAACCUGAGCAGGAACACAAGGGGGCGCUGCAGACACACACCCCAGGUGGCAGCUCUGGAGUGGAGCUAUGACCUGGAGCAAACCUACCCCAAGUCUGUGUAUCGCUACGACUAUGUGUUUGCCGCAGAGGUGGUCUAUCAUCAUAACUUCUGCAAUGAGCUUCUGGCCACCAUGGAACACUUCUGCAGACCAGGGACGACUUUAAUCUGGGCCAACAAGAUCAGGAUAGAUUCUGACCUGGCUUUCCUCGAAAAGUUCCAAAAGAGCUUUGACACCUGCCUGCUGGCGGAGCAUGGCGAGAUAAAGAUUUUCAAGGCCACGUGCAAAGAAGAGGAGUGGGAGAAACUGGCAGAGGAGCAGGUGGAGGAGGAGGUGGAGGAAGAACCAGAACAAGAGAAGGAGGAGGAGAACACAGAAGAGGGACAGGAAGAGCAGGUCGUGGAGAAGGAGGAAGAACAAGCAGAGAAGGAAUGUCAUCGAAAUGAGGCUAAAGAAGACAGUGAACAAGAUGAAGAAGAAGAGGAGACUAAUGGGGAAGAAGAAGGAGACAAAGAGACAGAAAAGAUCUCAGAUUCUGGCUGUCAAGGCAACUUUUUAAGCACGGCCCUGCGUCUGGACCGAACUCCUCUAUGGGUUCCCAGCGUCAACAGCCAUUUUGGUCGAGAUGUCUACCACUACACUGGACACGAUAUCAUCAUCCAUGAGACCAUCGACUCGUACGGGGCAGUGAUGUGGCCGGGGGCGUUGGCCCUCUGCUCGUACCUCGACUACAACAGAGAUACGGUGGACCUGCGGGACAAGGAGGUGCUGGAACUCGGAGCAGGGACUGGACUGGUGUCUAUUGUGGCCAGUCUGCUGGGUGCCUCCGUCACCGCCACAGACCUGCCUGACAUCCAGGGUAACCUCAGGGCAAACAUCAUGAGGAACACCAGGGGUUGCUGCAGGUACACACCCAAGGUGGAGGUUCUGUGCUGGAGUUUGGACCUGAGCAAAAGCCACCCGUCAUCCAUCUACCAGUACGACUACGUGCUGGCAGCAGACGUGGUUUACCAUCACGAUUACCCGGACGAGCUCCUGGCCACCAUGAAGCAUUUCUGCAGACCAGGGACGAGCCUCAUCUGGGCCAACAAGAUUCGGAUGGUGUCUGAUCUGACAUUUUUGGAGAAAUUUAAGAAGACUUUUGACACAUGCUUGCUGGUGGAAGAUGGCGAUAUGAAGAUAUUUAAGGCCACUUACAAAAAAUAGAGAACGUUGUUUUGACAUUUGCACUUCUUAAUAUUAUCCUCAUUUUCAGAUGUUUUACGCCCAUAAAACUGUUUGAAGUUUAGCAAUACUACAACCCUGACUAGUUGUCCUGAAGCUGGCUUUAAAAUAUAACUUUGGCUGCAACACUAAAGAAUCAUGAGGUGCCACUAGGCCAGAGUGCACUUUGACCUCAUGGUACUGUUUGGUCUGGACCAAUCAAUAAAAUGGACAAAUGUCACGCCCACGACACGGUAGCUCUUGGGUCAUCCUGGUGGAUGACAUUUAACAAGUGGUUUCAAUCUGCUGCUGUCCGACAAAUGAACGUGUCUGACUGAAUGAUCGGGAAGAUACAUCUUUAAAUGUCAUUUCCAUCCAGUCACCACAAAGCAAAUCAUUGUGCUGCAC